AUGUUAUCAUCAUCCUCAUCAAAUAAUGACGACAAUGAUUCAAAUAUCAUUGAUUUAUUUUACGAUUUAUGUCAAGAGAAUGAAAUAGAAAAAAAUCGAAAUAUUCUACCGCAUAUUGAUAAAAUAAGUAUUAUAAAUAAAAUUCAAAAUUCAACUGAUUUAAUAUGUUUGCAUGUGGCAUGUUUUUAUGAACAUCAACAUAUGGUACCAAUUUUAUUAGAAUACGAAGCUCUACAGUCCAUCAGAAGUUUGCGACAUAAUAUGACGCCUUCUGAAGAAGCAUAUACAGAUGGCAUAAAACAAAUGCUUGUAGAACAUCGUAAAUUAUUUUCCAAUAAUAAUUUUGAUUAUGAUUAUAUUGAAUGGUCAGUAGUAGAAGAUGAUCUUCUUGAAAAACGACGUGAAUUUCGUCAAGCUAUUGAUGUAUAUAAAACCUAUGAUAAUCAUCAUUUAGCAUCAAAAUUAUUACUUGAACUUAUUCAUUAUUAUUUACAUGAAUAUCUGAUAAAUGAAAGUAACGAUAUUGGCACUUCAGAACAUCAAAUUACUCGUAAACAAAUUGCAACUAUCGAAACAUAUUUCAAAGAAGCUAUAGAAAAACAAGAUUAUUUAACAUAUUUUAUAAAAACUAAUAUAGUAACAAAUAUUUUUUGUAAAGUAUUAAAUCAACAUUUGGCUCUCUAUAUAUUACAAUAUGUUGAUAAAACAAAAGACUUUUCAUCAAAUUAUCGUCUUGUGAAUUGUCUAGUUCACAUUGUUACAUUAUUAAUUUAUCACCUAAAUUUACCUCAAGAUCGAUAUCAAGGUGUCUGUUAUCAAAGUAUAAGAAUAACACAAUAUGAUUUAGAUCAGUAUCUCUCAAAUCAACAUAUAUUAAAUCGAUCAUUUUUAUCAGCAUCAAUGAAUCGUGAAGUAGCUGAAAUGUUUGCUAGUGAAGACCAACAAUCCAAAAUGAGACAUACACCUAAAGAUCAUGAUACGUUACGAUAUUCAUGUUUAUGUAAAUAUUUAAUAAAACGAAAUUCAACAGCUAUCAAUAUACAAAGCUUAUCAACAAGAUCGGAUGAUAAAGAAAUUUUAAUUCUUCCGUUUGCAGUUUUUAAAGUAAUAGCAAUUAAACAAAAUUAUCUUGACGAUCCAACAGCAUCCAUUUCAAUUGAAAUUGUAUUAGAAGAAUGUGAAGAUUCAAAUGAUAAAAAGCAUGAAUCAGAAAAUAGUGAAACAUCAAGAAAAUCAUCAUUAUCACAAACUAAUGAGGGCAUAAAAUGUAUCGAUGAAUGUCAAAAAAUCAAACAACGAAAAAGUCUUCUUUAUGGCAUCAUUGGAUUUUUGGUCUGGAAUGCACGUCAAUAUAAAAGUCGUGAACAUUUAAAAACAUUACCGGUUACAGAUAUUGUUGUACACCAAUUAGGAAGUAUCAAUUCAAUUAUGAAUCACCAGAAUUGUAUUAAGGAAAUAAAAAAAGUUCAAGAUUAUCAAAUGGAUAAACAAAAAUGGGAUGAUAUUGGUUAUAAUUUUCUCCUGUGUGAUGAUAGUGGUGGUCAACAACAAAUUUAUACAGGAAGAGGAUGGAAUUUUACUGGUGCACAUUGUAAAGAUUAUAAUACAAAAUCAUUGGGUAUUCUUAUUAUUGGCAAUUAUGCUAGUACAAAAUCUUUAAUGGUAUUUAAAUCAUUAAUUCAAUGUGGUAUCAUGAAUAAUGAUGUUAUGAACAAUUUUACAUUGGUUGGACAUUUUAAUUCACGAGAAAUUUAUGAAUAUUAUCUGCAAUAUUUUAAAAGUGAUACCGAUCUUCAAUAUAGCAACCAAGCCAGCAAAAAACAGUUUAAUUGUACAGGCUAA